CUUCAACGAUCCGUUCAGUAUCUACGCAUCAAGUAACUCAAAAUGGCAGCCCUUCAAGGUCUACGGUCCACGUACCGCAUGAACUCGGGUCAUGAAAUCCCGAUCCUUGGAUACGGAGUCUAUAUGAUUCCUUCUUCCAAAACCGAAAAGAGCACGCUUGAAGCUUUCGGAAUCGGCUAUCGUCAUGUGGACUCCGCCAUCAUGUACGGCAACGAGCGCGCCUGCGGUCGCGCCAUCCAGAACUCCGGAAUCGACCGCUCCCAGCUCUUCUUUACGACCAAAAUCCCGCCCGAAUCGAUGGGCUACGAGCGCACCCGACGAGCAAUCGACAGCAGCUUGAAGGAGGCCCAGGAGGAGUAUUUCGACCUAAUUCUAAUCCACGCUCCGUACGGCGGAAAACAAGCCCGUCUUGGCUCGUGGCGUGCGUUAGUUGAGGCCCAACAGGCCGGAAAGACCAAGUCGAUCGGGGUUUCGAACUACGGCGUCCAUCAUCUCGAGGAGCUGGAGCAGUAUAUCAAAGAAGGCGGCGGUAGCGCUAUCGAUGUCGGGCAGUAUGAGCUGCACCCGUGGCUCGAUCGCACCGAGAUUACGGAGUGGUUGAAGAAGCGCAAUAUCGUUGUCGAGGCGUACUCGCCUCUGGCGCAUGGAUACCGCAUCACCGAAGCCGUGCUGAAGACGAUCGGGAGGAAGUAUAACAAGUCUCCGGCUCAGGUCAUGAUCCGGUGGAGUUUGCAGAAGGGCUUCGUCCCCCUACCCAAAUCUGCCACUCCCAGUCGCAUCCAGGAGAAUGCCGAAGUGUUUGACUUCGAAUUGUCCGAGGAGGAUAUGAAAUCGCUCAACACGGGCGAGUAUGACCCCACGGACUGGGAUCCCACGGUUGAUUAUGAUUAAGCGUUAGAUGCAUAGUGUAGCUUGGUACAUAGCCAUACUUUAGACUCGAUAAAGAAUUGAGACAUUGGAU